UGAACCAAACUGAUCGAUAUAUUUUAUAUGAUUUUGAUUUGGAUGUUUGAUUGAUUAAUUAAUCUGACAAAUGAACGAACGAAAUGCACGAUUCGUUAGUAUUCAGUCGUCUGGAUGAAAAUCUAUUUCAAGGUAUUCUGGUUGUCAGUUCUAGCGACAAAUUGUCAUCGUUGGAAUGGCUCAAAAGAAUCAUUGAAAAUUCAAAAAACAAAUCCAAUCUGGAAUUUCAACCGGUUCUGGAGAAUGGUGAGAAAACUUUACGUUUUGAUCAGGAUUAUCUGGAUCCGGUGACGAAACAAAUCGAACCUAUUCGAUGUCAUUGCGCCAUGUUGGACAACAAGUAUUAUACAACACAAAUCUAUCUAGUCGAAUUGAGUGAACCGACCGAAUUUCCCGAACGAUUUUAUGAUUACAUACACGGCAUUCUCAUCUAUUUGGACAGCAAUGACGAACAUUGCUUGGAAAAUCUAAACAAAUGGACCGAAUAUAUUGAUCUGAUGGAAAAUUGUGCAAUCAAAAUUCUUUCCUGUGAAAAGGCCAACGAACAUGGUUCGGUUCCACGUAUCGAUAUUCAAAACUACUGCAUCGAUAAAGGAUUCGAAUUGAUUGAACUGACAGCCGACCAUUCAAUUGAUGAUGAUGAUGAUGAAUUUGGCGAACAGGAUAGCUUCGAACGAUUAUACAAAGCUAUCCAGGCAUAUGUCUGGCCUAAUCUUAACUAUAAAGAGAAACAUUCCUCGUCACACAAAAUAUCAUCAAACGAUACGCUUAUCACGCAGAUCAAUAGAUUGAAUUGUGCUGAUACGAAUGACAAAGAUCUUAGUCAUCAGCCAUCAUCGACAUCAGCAAAUGAUAUGGCCGUACCAUCCAGUUCUUCGUUUGAUCCCAAACCUGGUGGUAAUGACGUGAACGCACAAAUCACCGAACAUGAAGCUGAUAAAUUCGAAAGCAUGUUUUCCAAAUUGACUCAUAUAAAAGAGAAAGCAUCGAAAAUGGAAAAUGAUGAAGAGCGUAAACGAUAUGCCCAGCAAAUGGCCAUCGCAUUCUGGAAUUCGAUUGCCGAUGAUGAUGAUGAUGAUGAUGAUGAUCACGAUGAUGAAGUACUUUUUUCGAAUGACGAAGAUCCAAAUCACGUUUAUACAAUAUUCUAUUCUGAAUAUCGGGAAAAUCUUUACGAAUGGACCGAUUUAAGCCGAAUGGAACAAUCAAAAUAUGGUAAAUUAUCGUACAGUAUCUAUCAACAGUUGACCUGGUUGAACAGUCCAAAAUUGAAUGAAUUUGGUGUUAACGGAAAAGCUAAUCAAAAUGUUCCGAAUGAUCGUCGUGCUCCGGAUAAUCGGCCAUCAAAAUGUCGUCAUUGGCAUUAUGAUCCACGUGCCAUGCCCAAUGUGAGCGUCAUUAUUCCGUUUCAUGACGAAGAUCCUAUUGUUUUGACUCGCACAAUAUUUUCGGUUCUGCUGAACAGUCCACGAUCUUUGCUGAAAGAGAUAAUCAUAGUAGCCGAUGGUCAAAAUCAAUUUGCCAAUAAAACCAUUUCGCAUUUAGAAUCAGAAAUCUAUUCAAACAAAUAUUAUCCAAAUUUUCUUGAAAAUUUGGAAAUAUAUCGAAGUUUUAUGAGCGAAUCAUGUUUAGAUUAUUUGCCACUGUUGUUUGGCGAAAAGAUUGACAAAAUUCGAAUAUUUAAAACACAAGAACGUUACGGUUGGUCACAUUCAAUACGAAACAUAAUGCAUCAAGUUACGGGUGAUGUAAUGGUUUUUCUUACCUCUCACACAGAAGUAUCGGCCAAUUGGUUGAUUCCAUUAAUCGCACCUAUCGUUGGCAAUAAACAUACAAUAACCAUGCCCAAUAUUGGCCAUAUUAGUGAAAUAGAUUUUCACUUUUCUAUCGAACCACAAUCCACACUGUAUUGGAAUGGUGGACUGGAUAUUGAUAAAGUUGCAUUAGAUCAAUCAAAUGAUGAUAUAUUUGUGGCUGAAUGGAACAAAAACCUAACAAUGCCAACAUUACCACGCCAAGUUGAUCUUUUGAGUCAGGUUUAUUUUGCCAUUGAUGUUGAAUAUGCUCUGGAAAUAGAUUUAUUCGAUUCGGAUUAUGUUGUCAAUCCAAAUGCCGGGAAUAUUAUAUGGGAUUAUACUUAUAAGCUACGCAAAUGUGGUGGUCGUAUUUUGCGCAUACCAUGUUCGGUGAUUUAUCAAUUGAAAAAACCGUUGGCCCAUCACCCAAUGGGAGAAAUAUUGGAUCGAACACAUCAGGCAUUUCAAUAUCGAUACGAACCGGAUUGUCUUCUCAAACAAUUCGCUAACGAAUUUUUGGAUCCAUCCCUAUUAUGGCAAACAUUCUAUGUUCAUCACCCAAUGUUGAAAGAUUUUGAUUGUCAAUCAAUUCCUUUAUUCAACAUUGAUGCUGUCAUUUGUUCGGGUCGACCACCACCAAAAGCUCGAGAACGAAUUACUUUGAAAAAUGAUAUGAUUGUGAUGCAAACAUUUCGUAGGCAACUAUCAUCACCGAAUGUUGCUUAUGGUCAAUUAGCUAACAUAGAAUAUGCUGUUUGUUUAGCUCCCGAACCAAAGACAACUCCAAAUAAAUAUCGAUCUAUGGUUAGUUGUUAUUGCUGGGAGAAACCUCGUGCCCGAACAUUUCGCUUAAAUGGAGAAGGCCGCCUAUUUUAUGGCAAUAAAUGUUUGAUACCGAAAUUGGAUAGCAAACAAAUUGUGAUGGAUGAUUGUCAACAUAAAUUAUCCACAUCAUGGCAUUAUAAUCGCAAACAACAACAAUUAUCAACAUUAUCAUCCAAAUGUCUGGAUUACUGGCCCGAUCAAGGUCUUUUAUUCACUCAAUGUGAAUGGAAUCAUAAUAAUAAUAAUAAAUCUAGCCAACUUUGGCAUUGGAUUCAUUGAAAUAAAAUGUGAUACAAUUCUAAUGUUUCUUUCUUUCUUUUU